ACGAAUGGUCUCUCCCUCGCGCUCUAUUUAAUCCCCGCCGCUGCCGCACCGCCGGCUCCAGACCGAGAGCAGCGCCCGGUGCCGCCGCCUCCGCGCUGCGGCUCGGCUCGCCCCGGCGGCACCCUUGUCCCCUCGCCGCCACCAUCAUCAUCGCCGCCACCGCCAUGCUGCCCCUCGGUCUCCUGCUGCUCCUUGCCUGCUUCGGUGCCGCCCGGGGAAACCUCUCCCGCGACGAGAGCCAGCCCACGACGUCAGACGAGACGGUGGUGGCAGGCGGCACCGUGGUGCUCAAGUGCCAGGUGGAGGAUCCUGACGACUCCUCGCUGCAGUGGUCCAACCCUGCUCAGCAGACUCUCUACUUUGGAGAAAAACGAGCCCUGCGGGACAACAGGAUCCAGCUGGAGAGGUCCACCCCCAACGAGCUGACCAUCAGCAUCAGCGACGUGGUGCUGGCGGACGAGGGCGAAUACACCUGCUCCAUCUUCACCAUGCCCGUGCGCACCGCCAAGGCGCUGGUCACCGUGCUGGGAAUCCCCCAGAAGCCCCAAAUCUUCGGCCACGAGCAGCCUAUCGACGAGGAGAAGAUGGCUCGGCUGACCUGCAGGUCCUCUGGCAGCAAGCCUGCAGCCCAGCUCCGCUGGAAGAAGGGCAACAAGGAGCUGAUGGCUGAGGGCACUCAGGUGGAGGAGGACCCCAACGGGAAGACCUUCACCGUCAGCAGCCGCGUGGAGUUCCGUGUCACCAAGGAGGACAACGAGGCAGAGGUGACCUGCACUGUGGACCACGAGUCCCUGCAGAACGCUGAGAGGUCGACCACCCAGAAGCUGCAGGUCCACUACAAGCCGACGGCGAAGAUCGAGCCACACCCGCAGUACCCGCGGGAGGGAGAGAAGCUGCAGCUGCAGUGCGAUGGGCAGGGCAACCCCAUCCCCCAGGAGUUCCUGUGGGAGAAGGAGGGCAGCGACGUACCCCUGCAGCUCAGCUCCGACAGUGUCCUCCUCUUCCCCUUCCUCAACAAGAGUGACAGUGGCACCUACGUCUGCACUGCCACCAGCUCCAUGGGCAGUGUGGUGGCCAAGUACAAUCUGGACGUCAGCGAUCUUUCCCAGCUCCCCACCCCACACGUUCACUCCACUCCAGCCCCUCCGCCGGGCCCUUCCCAGCCCUCCUCUCAUGCAUCCAUGGCCACCGCUUCAUCCUUCACUCCAGCUCCCAUCCAAGAUGCCAGCCCAGUGCCCUCCACGUCCAGCACUUACCACGCGGUGAUCGGCGGGGUGGUGGCUGUCAUCGUCUUCCUCCUGCUCAGUCUCCUCAUCGUCCUGGGGCACUACCUGAUCAGGCACAAAGGUUUGUGCCUAAGCCACGGGCAGACGAUCACCUCCAGACACCGGCAGCCCCCCGCAGAGGUGAUGUGUACUUACCUGACCCACGAGGCCAAGGGCUCUGACGACGCCCCCGACGCCGACACUGCCAUCAUCAACGCGGAGGGCGGCCAGGCCGGCGGCGACGACAAGAAGGAAUAUUUCAUCUAGGGGGGAGCAUGGGAGAGAGCCAGAACCGGAGCCACCGCACCCCGAUGGAAACGGCAACGAGACCACAAACCCCACACACCCCAACGGAUUUUCUCUGGCGCCCGGCACAGGCGGACGGACGGACAUGAGGGACGGCAGGACGGAGAGCGGAGGGCAACCAGCCCCACAAGGUGGCGACGCUGCUUGGACUUGUACAGAGCGCGGCCGCGGCCACGGCCUCGCACGCUUGCUUGCUCCUCACCCCUGCCACCGGCGCUAGCGGAACGAGCAGUGAGCGACCUCUUGCAGCGAGCAAGCGACCUCCUGCCUCCUGCAGUGAGCAACCUCUUGCAGUGAGCAACUUUCUGCAGUGAGUGAGCGACCUCCUGCAGUGAGCAACCUCUUGCAGUGAGUGAGCGACCUCUUGCAGUGAGUGAGCGACCUCCUGCAGUGAGCAACCUCUUGCAGUGAGUGAGCGACCUCUUGCAGUGAGUGAGCGACCUCCUGCAGUGAGCAACCUCUUGUAGUGAGCGAGCGACCUCCUGCCUCUUGCAGUGAGUGAGCAACCUCUUGCAGUGAGUGAGCGACCUCCUGCCUCUUGCAGUGAGUGAGCAACCUCUUGCAGUGAGUGAGCGACCUCCUGCCUCUUGCAGUGAGUGAGCAACCUCUUGCAGUGAGUGAGCGACCUCCUGCAGUGAGCAACCUCUUGUAGUGAGCGAGCAACCUCCUGCCUCUUGCAGCAAGCAACUUUCUGCAGUGAGUGAGCAACCUCUUGCAGUGAGCAACCUCUUGCAGUGAGCAACCUCUUGCAGUGAGUGAGCAACCUCCUGCAGUGAGCAACCUCUUGUAGUGAGCGAGCAACCUCCUGCCUCUUGCAGCAAGCAACUUUCUGCAGUGAGUGAGCAACCUCUUGCAAUGAGCAACCUCUUGCAGUGAGUGAGCGACCUCCUGCAGUGAGCAACCUCUUGCAGUGAGUGAGCGACCUCUUGCAGUGAGUGAGCGACCUCUUGCAGUGAGCAACCUCUUGCAGUGAGCAACCUCCUGCAGUGAGCGAGCGACCUCCUGCAGUGAGCGAGCGACCUCCCUCCUCCCUUGGACCUCCGCUUCGGUUUUGUGGCUGCUCUUCGCUUUGGGCCCUGAGCUGGGAUGUUGGCUGGGGUUGGUGUAGCUCUUUCCUUUGUUUCUCUCAAUUUUGGGUUUCUUUGACAUCCAAGGAUAAAAUCAGCUCCAGGCCCUGGUGCAAGCUCGAGGGCAGCUGUGGGAGGCGGGGGGGCCACCUCUGUCCCUGAACACUGGCCCCACGCCUCCCCCUGCCAGCCCAGAGCUGCCUUCCCAUCGCUGCCUCCAGUCUCGGCCGCUGCGUGGCAGCCCCAGCCCUGGCUGGCACAGGGAGCAUGGCAGAGGCUGGGGUGCCAGCAGGCAGCGUCUCUGCCUCCGAGGUCUUGGCAAGCAGCUGGGAGGGAGCUCAGGCCCCUGCCCUCAUUUUGUCCUUGGUGGUUGCCGUGGAGCAGUGUCCGUGCGGGGCGGGGGAGCUGUCCUCCCGCCGUAGAUGUGUGAAGGGGGGGAUGAGCUUCCAGGGUGGGAACCGCUGAGGCCCCCCAGAGAGCCUGGGAGCUGCCCAGUGCUGCAGCUCCGCGGUCCCACCCCUGCGGGAGGGGGGAGGGCAGAGGUUUGGGGGCGAGUCCAGAGACAAAGCCCCAAGGUGACAGAUCCUUGUGUCGGGAACAUCGAUUGAAGUCAUCUAUUGAGACGUUCAGUGCAGGGGGCAGCUGUGCUGGCAGCACAGGGCAGAGCCAAGGCAGGGGGGGAUCCAUCACCACAUCCCUCCACCUGACUGGCUCUGGGCUCGAGCCUCUGGGAAGGUGCUUUAGACCUGAGGGUGCUGCAGCCAGAGGUGGCAGAGAUGGUGGCACUACAGGAGGUGACCCCAGCGCAGGCAGCCCCGGAGCGCCGUGAGCCUUGGGCUUGCUGCUCUCCAGCAGGGAGGGGCUGCACCAGGUCUGCUGCUUGCUUGGGGCUGCCUGGUCCCCUUCCCUGGGCUGCAGUCAGCAACGUGCCUGAGAUGCCCAGAUCAAGUGUCUGAGCACUUUAGGGGUCUCCUAGGAGGCUGGGGGCUUGCCCUGCCUGCUGCACUGUCACUUCCAAGGUGAAACCAAGAAGCUUUCCCAACAUUUCCAGGGGUUCUGUUGGCCCACCCCAAUCACAUACCCACAGGAUGGGGCUGCCAAGGGAUCUGUGCUGCCAGACUCCACCUCUCACCUCGGAAUGAGGCUUUGUCACCACCCCAGCAGCUCUUGCUGUGGGCACAAGGAGUUUGCUGAAACCACCCAUUGGCUGGGGCACCCCUUUGGGUUGUCUGGAGGAGAAGAGCUCCAGGGGAAGGAGCAGAAGCCCUUGGAGAUAGAGGAGGAAGAGUUCAUGUCCUCUGCUGUGGGGCACCAGGUGCCCAUGGGGCAGGUUGGUGACGCUGCCAUCUAGAUCCUGCAAGCACAUGGCACAAGGAGGAGGCUGUGGGGAAGCCGUGGCAGAGCAGGUGGUGCUGGGAGUUAGCUGGGGCCAACCACAAGAGAAGAGGCAGAGUAUGGUGGCAGGCCUGGAGAGUGCAUAGGCAGGAGUGGGUUCUCCAUGGGUCAGGAGCCUGUGGGCAGCAGGGCACCAGUGCCAUCUGUGGAGCCUUUGCAGGUGAGGAAUAAACCUGGCACUGCUCCCUGUGCUUCCUCCCUGCCCAUCACUGGAGGAGGAGGAGAAGAAGGAGGAGGUUGGCCUCAAAUCUCAUGUUGUGGCUGGUUUGGAGGGCUGCAGCCAUUGCUGGCAGAGAGAAGGCUGCAGAUGCUGGUGCCACUAAGCACCCAGCACCCGUAGGCCCAGGCCUGGCACCAUGCCUGGGCACCAUGCAUCAGCUCCUGAAGCCAUCCUGCAGGCACCUGCUAGUGACUGCAGCUCAGUCUCCUUGUAAAGCCCCAGCCUGGGGCCAAGGAGGGAAGGGGUUAAGUGGCCCCUGGCAGCUGAGGCUGCAGAGGGAGCGUUGUGCCCCUCUGAGGCAGCAUGGGCACAGCCUUGGCUGGUUUAUCCCCAGUGCUGCUGCUCCAAGGGCUGGCACCGGUGGUCACUGCUUUGUCCUGCUGAGAGAAGUCAGGGUUUGGUCUCUCUGUGAUGCCAACGCAGUACAGGACCUGGCAGGGUGUAGCACAGGGAAGGACUGGGCACGGGGUGCUGGGGCAUGACCUGCCUGAAGCAAAGGCUGGCCCAAGUGCCACCUCGGGUGGGUGCUGUGUCCUACAGCCAGGGGCUGAGCAAUGGACACAGGCUCUGCAGAUCUUGGCAGCAGUCAGGGCAUGGGCAUGAGGCUGUGCCAGGGCAGGAGCCAAGGGGCUGUAGAAGGUGGCAAGGCAGCGACAGCCCCACGGGCACGGGGCGAUGGGAGCCCUGUGCCACGUGUGAGGAGUGGCAAAUCCAGCAGGUGCGGCAAGGGAGGGGGUGAGGGGUGUUGGGGCACAUCACGCUGUGGGGAGGGGGCAGCAGUGGGGCACGCAGGGGGAUGCAGAAACCACUCUGCAGCUUUGGUGGUGCCAUGGGUGCAAGAUUUGGGGAGCCUGGUUGCAGGCUGGGGGGUAGCAGGUGUUGGAGGGGUGACCAUGCCGUGGCACAGGCAGGCAGAGGAGCAUGCCAUGGAUGUCAGCUACCAGCUGCGCCACGAGGGGGACACGAGGGAGUGACCCCUGCUUGGGCCCCCGUUGUAGGUGCAUGUGGCACCGUGGGACAGAGCCCCGGGGCUGCCGCAGGGCGUUGGGCACCUGCCAGAGGUGACGUGGAUCAUGUGGAGGAGCAAGAAGCUGCACCUUGGUGCCCGGGGGUGACACCACACAAGGAGGUGGCAGGAGGGUGGCAUCGCUGCGGCUGCUGGCAGAUGAGCAGCACCGCAGAGGGAAGAAGCGACAGGGCAGGUGGUGCUGCUGCAGCGGCGACGCGAGGGACAUGCUGAGAGGGCACCGAGCUGCUGCCCUUCCCUGCUGGCACUGCAUGGCUGGGGACAGCCCAGCACACAGCCACCCCCCACCUUUAGGCGUGAGUGGCCGCGGGGGGCAGAGGUUGUGGGGGGGAGGUCCUCGUUGGCCACGCAGGCAGGGACCUCCAUCCAGCCUCACCUCCAUCCACCCUGUGCCGCUCAGCGCCGGGUCCGGGGCAUCCAAAGCAGCAGGCAGCUGGGGCGGGGGAGCUGGCAGGCAGCGGGCUCGGGCGGGCACUGAACGCUCAAUAGACAGAAAGCCAUAGGCGCAGGGAGCUCGGGCGGGGCAGGGCAGGGCAGAGGAGGGGCUGUGUUGUUGUGCUGUGUUCUUGUCUGUACAUAACGAAAACAAAAGGGAGACAGCGACCGUGGAUGUGACUUUAUAACCUUUCUAAUAAUCCCUGUGCUAAUCUCGGAAACGAAUCCUGCAAAUAUACCUGGAUUACACAAA